CGUGAUCCUUACGUCACUGAAGCGCCCUGGCUCGCGGAGCUACUGGUAGUGCUGGCAAGAGAGGAAAAAAAGAGAAAUAAGUAUUAUAGUAAAGCACAUCCUUUAAUGUAGCGGAUUGCCUUUGAUAACGGUCCGUCCGCAACACAGGAGUACGGCGCCGUGCUUUACCUACAACUGGAUAAACGGGAUAUGUGAGAAGAAGAUCACAGAACUGACGUCGGCCUUCUGUAGUCAUGGAGUGACCGGAUCUUCUCCCCAGUCAGCACACUUGCCACGUUAAAGCCUCCUGAAAACCUCCUCUUUGAACAUGAAAUCCUCCAUUCUGUCGUUCAGCUAAAGCAGACUCAGAGAAGAGGGUGAAAAUCAAGAGCACAGGAAAUUCACGGGUAUACUACCAAGGGAAUAAAUACAUAUCCUUGUCUUUUUUAGUUUUUUUUUUCUUCUUCUUUUUGUUCAUUUUCCGUUUCCACGGGAACAAAGGUAGGGUGUCCACCCCCCCCUCGAGUCCGCCACCAUGUAUGGCAGCGCCCGCUCCGUGGGCAAGAUGGAGGGGAACCACAGCGGGGGCAGUAACCAGAGCCCCGGGCGCUCCCCGCGUCUGCCCCGCUCGCCCCGCCUGGGGCACCGCCGCACCAACAGCACGGGGGGCAGCGGGGCGGGGGCCGGCGGGGCCGGCGGCAAGACGCUCUCCAUGGAGAACAUCCAGUCGCUCAACGCCGCCUACGCCACCUCCGGGCCCAUGUACCUGAGCGACAACGAGGUGGUGGCGGCCCCCGACCUGCCCAAGAGCACCAUGACGCUGGGCCGGUCCGGCGGGCGGCUCCCCUACGGCGUGCGGGCGGCCGUCAUGGGCAGCAGCCCCAACAUCGCCACCAGCACCCCGGGCUCGGUGCCCAGCGACGCCAUCGCCUUCGGGGACCACCACAUGCCCUCCAGCCUGGCGUCCACCGUGCCCCACUCCCUGCGCCAGGCCCGGGACAACACCAUCAUGGACCUGCAGGCGCAGCUGAAGGAGGUGCUGCGGGAGAACGAGCUCCUGCGCAAGGAGGUGGACGUGAAGGAGAGCAAGCUCAGCUCCUCCAUGAACUCCAUCAAGACCUUCUGGAGCCCCGAGCUGAAGAAGGAGCGCGCUCUGCGCAAGGACGAGGUCUCCAAGAUCGCCGUGUGGAAGGAGCAGUACCGCGUGGUGCAGGACGAGACCCAGCACCUGCAGAUGACCAUCCAGGCCCUGCAGGACGAGCUGCGGAUCCAGCGGGACCUGAACCAGCUGUUCCAGCAGGACUGCAGCAGCCGCCCCAGCGAGCCGCUGGCCUCCGAGCUGACGGAGGAGAACUUCCAGCGGCUGCACUGCGAGCACGAGCGGCAGGCCAAGGAGCUCUUCCUCCUGAGGAAGACGCUGGAGGAGAUGGAGCUGCGCAUCGAGACGCAGAAGCAGACGCUGAACGCCCGCGACGAGUCCAUCAAGAAGCUGCUGGAGAUGCUGCAGAGCAAGGGCCUGUCGGCCAAGGCCAGCGAGGAGGACCACGAGCGCACGCGCCGCCUGGCCGAGGCCGAGAUGCACGUGCACCACCUGGAGAGCCUGCUGGAGCAGCGGGACAAGGAGACGGCCGCCCUGCGCGAGGAGCUGCACCGCCGCUACGAAGGAGCCCCAGAGUCCGCCAAGACCAAGGCCCUGCAGACCGUCAUCGAGAUGAAGGACUCGAAGAUCAACUCUCUGGAGCGUGGGCUGAGGGACAUGGAGGAGGAGAUCCAGAUGCUCAAGUCCAACGGCGCCCUGAGCACGGAGGAGCGCGAGGAGGAGAUGAAGCAGAUGGAGGUCUACCGCAGCCACUCCAAGUUCAUGAAGAACAAGGUAGAGCAGCUGAAGGAGGAGCUGUCUCAGAAAGAGGCCGAGGGGGCGGAGCUGAGAAAGCGGGCGGCUGACCUGCAGCUGGAGGUCUCAGCAAUCGACCAGGUGAAGCAGGACCUGUCCAGGAAGGACACGGAGCUGCUGGGGCUGCAGACCAAGCUGGAGACGCUCACCAACCAGUUCUCCGACAGCAAGCAGCACAUCGAGGUGCUGAAGGAGUCUCUGACCGCCAAGGAGCAGCGCGCCGCCAUCCUGCAGACCGAGGUGGACGCGCUGCGUCUGCGCCUGGAGGAGAAGGAGGCCAUGCUGAAUAAGAAGAGCAGGCAGAUCCAGGAGAUGUCUGAGGAGAAGGGCACCCUGAACGGGGAGAUCCACGACCUGAAGGACAUGCUGGACGUGAAGGAGCGCAAGGUCAACGUGCUGCAGAAGAAGAUUGAGAACCUGCAGGAGCAGCUGAGGGAUAAGGAGAAACAGAUGAGCAGUCUGAAGGAGAGGGUGAAGUCCCUGCAGGCGGACACCUCCAACACCGACACCGCCCUCACCACCCUGGAGGAGGCGCUGGCUGAGAAGGAGCGAAUCAUCGAGCGUCUGAAGGAGCAGCGGGACAGAGACGAGCGGGAGAAGACCGAGGAGCUGGACAGCACCAAGAAGGAGCUGAAGGAGCUGAAGGAGAAGGUCAGCCUGCUGCAGGGAGACCUGUCUGACCGUGAGACCUCCCUGCUGGACCUGAAGGAGCACGCCUCCUCUUUGGCCUCCUCGGGCCUCAAGAAGGACUCCAAGCUGAAGAGCAUGGAGAUCACCCUGGAGCAGAAGAAGGAGGAGUGCCUCAAACUGGAGUCCCAGCUCAAGAAGCUCUCUGAACUCAUGUCAGCCCAUCCUUCAGAGCUUGCUCAGAACGCAGCGGUGGAGGCGCAGGCCAACACGGAGCUGUCGGAGCGCAUCGCCUCGCUGGAGCGGGAGGUGGCGCGGCACCGCGAGGACGCUGGGAAGGCCCAGGCCGAGGUGGACCGGCUGCUGGAGAUCCUGCGCGAGAUGGAGAACGAGAAGAACGACAAGGACAAGAAGAUCAAUGAGCUGGAGAGUCUGGCCUCAAGGCAGAUGAAGGACCAGACCAAGAAGGUGGCCAACCUGAAGCACAAGGAGCAGGUGGAGAAGAACAAGAACGCCCAGCUGAUGGAGGAGGCCCGCAAGAGAGAGGACAACAUCAACGAGAGCUCCCAGCAGGUCAAGGAUUCCUUGCGGCAUAAGGACGACCGCAUCGAGGAGCUGGAGGAGGCGCUGCGGGAGAGCGUGCAGAUCACGGCCGAGCGGGAGAUGGUCCUGGCUCAGGAGGAGGCCGCUCGCACGCACGCCGAGAAGCAGAUGGAGGAGCUGCUGGCGGCCAUGGAGAAGGUGAAGCAGGAGCUGGAGUCCAUGAAGGCCAAGCUGUCGUCCACCCAGCAGUCCCUGGCCGAGAAGGAGGCGCACCUGACCACACUGCGGGCUGAGCGCCGGAAGCACCUGGAGGAGGUGCUGGAGAUGAAGCAGGAGGCGCUGCUGGCCGCCAUCAGCGAGAAGGACGCCAACAUCGCCCUGCUGGAGCUCUCGUCCUCUAAGAAGAAGAAGACGCAGGACGAGGUGGCCCUGCUGAAGAGGGAGAAGGACCGGCUGGUGCAGCAGCUCAAGCAGCAGACGCAGAACCGCAUGAAGCUGAUGGCCGACAACUACGAGGACGACCACCUCAAGGCCUCUUCGCAUUCCGAGCAGACCAACCACAAACCCUCUCCAGAUCAGAUCAUCCCCCCUCUUUUAGACCUCAAUCAGAACCGCAGUAAGCUGAAACUCUACAUUGGCCACCUGACCGCCUUGUGCCACGAGCGAGACCCCCACAUCCUGCAGGACCUGGCCCCGCCCACCGCCUAUCACCGCAGCGACCGAGCAGCUUGGGAGGAGGAGCUGCAGAAGAUGAGUCCGGAGCAGCUGGAGUCGGAGCUGGAGCAGUGUGAGAGGGAGAGUGCCGAGCUGCAGGAGUACGCCAACUCCGUCCUGCAGCAGAUCGCCGACCACUGCCCCGACAUCCUGGAGCAGGUGGUCAACGCGCUGGAGGAGUCGUCCUGACCCCGCCCCGGCCCUGGCUCCGCCCCCGGCCCCGCCCUCUUCCCACCGCCCUCUCGCUGCCUCUCCUCCGUUUCCGUGCAUCCCUUCAGAUUCUGAACACCUCCUUCUCCCCGCGUCCACACACACACGCACACACACACACACACACACACACACCAGGGGCCCGCCCCGCUCCCUCUCCCCUGCCAGCCAGAGGGUAAGUGCCAAACCCCAGGACAGGCAAGCAGCCCGUCAGACGGUAGCGGAAUGAUCCGGCGAACUCGAGUCCGCCGCUUGGCACAACACUAAACAGCACCUGCACUGGGCGGGCUUUUCCCUCGUCCCGUCCGUCUGACUGGCCGUUUGCUGCGCUCGCAGAGGGAGGGGGGGCCUCCACAAACGGCUCCGGAGCGCACACUCCGCCCAUCCGCCCCCGCCCCCGUCCCCAAAACGGGUAACCAGGUCACCCAUCCAAUAGGGACAUGUGGAGGCGGAGAUCCUGGAACUGUAGUAUCCGCUCGGUCGCGCAACAGACACCCCCAGAAUGUGCCCUUGCAUGUCCGGUUCCAACAGGAAUGUUUUUAGGUAAGGGGGGAGACGAAAAAACAAAAAAAAAACAGAAGCAUUUAAUGUUGAGAGCACAAUGAGGUCAUAACUGCAGGAUGUUGAAAAGGGUUUCAACCUGUUUUUUGUUUUUUUUUUUCCUUCCUUUUUUGGGAGGGUUUUGGGAGUUUGGGUUACAGUACGUGUAUGUAAUGGGUCACUCAGCUGGUAAAAAAAAUAUUAGAGUCAUUCUAGGGUCGUUUCAUUCUAGGGUUCUAAUUUGAGGAACGAUUAUUCAAAUAGCCAUACUCCCUGCACCCUGUCUGAAAACAUAACCGAGUGAACCUUAGAGACAAACCAUUGGCGUGUACUUUAUUUUCUUGUUCUUUUUCUUGUUUGUUUUUUUGGCAUAAUCUUUAGUAUGUGUAUGUGUAAAUGAAAGUGUGAUACACUCCGGUUUCGCUGUCGUACAGUCUGUCAGGAAUGCACUUUCAGCAUUACGGUCACUGCUAAGAGUACCCUGAGGGGUCAGCCAGGGGUUUUCAGCUGUAGGCGUGUUACAGGAGCGAAUGGUAUUAACAUAAUGACUAAUAGUGUAUUUAUCACCACGUCGUCUUUGGAUCUUGGAAACUACGGCUUCACUUGACUGUCUUUACAGAGUUGGAAGCUGAAAAUGAGAUGCCUUUUAUUUUGACAUUUUUGCUGCUAUUUCUUUACUGUCAUUGACGUAGUUAGAUUAUCUUUUUCUCCCCUAAUGAGAACUUAACGUAUCAGGGCAGGUAGUGGGUCAGUGAUUCGCUAGUGUAUUUGGUCAGGGGGGGGAAAAAAAAAGGUCAACUUCACUACAUUUGACACCAAUUUAUGUGAUUUCCAGACAUAGUUUUUAACACUAAGACAAAUGCAUCUUGUUUUAGGAGGAGAGAAAUUGGAGCCAUUUUGAUUGGAGUAGAGAACAGUCCUUGGGUAAAAGUAGCUCUGCAGAGUAACUGAAGGAAGAGUGGUCUCACUUUGCCUGGUAUUCCCAAAACUCACUCAACGGAAUGGUGGUUUAGCUAACCAGUCAGUGGUGGAGCGUGUGCUCUCCACCUUCGAAUGACAUUUCUGAUCGCACACACACUCAUCCACCUGUAAUGAGCACAAUGGUUCACACACUGGUUACACACAGCACAUACCCUACGACUCACACUAUGCAACAUGCAUUGAUAGAGAAGUGGGCGUAACCACUGAUUCUUUAGACCAAUCAGAUGCUACUCAGCAAUUUUCUUUACACUGAAAGUUCUCUCUGAAACAUUCCAAUUUUUAUGCACAUUCAUGAAGGGGUGUGUCCUUGGGCACACCUUUUUAAUGAGUACUCAUAAACUCUAAUAAAGCCCUGCAGACUCCUGUUAUUACCCAAAAACUCGUGCAGUUUGGCGGUACAAAGGAUGGGAGAGAAGCAGGCAUUGACCGCUGUUCUGAAGAAUCUGUGGUGUAACCCUCUAAAUGGCUGCCUCAGAGAGGUGACAUAAUUCCGCGUGAUGUCACCCCAAAUAAAGCUUGUAAUUAAACUAUGAUGCCAGAGGAUGAGUCACAGCAGUGCGGAGACAGAAAGGUGUCCUCCCACCAUACAGGUGAAGUGAACACUCUUUGAUCUCCCUUAUCAAAACCACCCCUCCUAUUUCUCUUAUAAACAACCUUGAAGCUCAGAAACGCAGCACAGGCCAAAGGGCCACGCCUUUCCUUCUCAAACUAACGCACCGGGCUCACACAGGUCUGUUUCUGCCCUCUCUCAAAGGAGUGGAGCCUCUGUUAAUUCUAAACAGAAAUGGUAUUGAGUAUAAUAUCCGCUCCCCCAGUUGGCUAGACUCUUCCCUGUGAGCAGGCCUCCUGCAGCCCGCUCGUGCUCUCCGAUGCUAACGUGCUUUAGCGGCUUGGCUAAUUAAACGGGCGCGUCUCCGGGCCUCGAGCGCUGCUCCGGAAUGCACCAGACGGGUUGCUCACCGACCUUCAGCCGUGACUCAUCACACCGAAGGAGUCACAGCCAGACGAGCGCAUGCCUCGGCGAUGACAUCAUGCCCUAGCGCACACAAACCCCAAUGCCCUGCCCGUGACCCGCUCGCUCCUCAGAGACCGCUCAGAUAGCGUCCGCAGCUCCACCAAACUCUGACCUCCCCCCUGGGCAAAGCCUGAGAUGGGAACGGGAUGGGCUCGACUGGAAAACAAAAACACACCUGCUCCUCCCUGGAAACGCAGUGGAGAGCUAGCGAUUAAUGGGUCCAGACCAGCCACCCACCGUCAGAGCAGUUAAACAGUAGUGCUCCCUGAUGGAUUUACGGACUUUCUGUAUUGUUGCCACAUUACGUGAUAUGAUGUCAUACAGUGUCUGUUCCUUGAUAUAAAAUAGAUUUUUUUUUGCACCGCACUAUCCCAGUCUUAUUAUACGUCUUUAGGGGUGAAGUGGGAUCCCCACAUGGUGUUCUAUAGGAGACAGCAUUGGGGUACGUACUGUUGGUAGCUGCCUGGGCAGUACCAUGGUACAGACUCUAAAUGGCAGCACGGAGGGCACUGGCCCGUGCCGUGGCCUGGCGCUCGGGCGGGAGCCCUGCGUGUCUGGCGUCUAGGGCAGAGUCCCUCGUCCCCGGGCCCCGUUGGCCGCUGGUGCGCCGCCAGGACGUGACAGCUGCUUAUCAGCUCGCCCGUGGCUCUCUUCCCUUAAUCUCUUUAUCGUUUUACCGCCCUUGUGCUGCAACAGUAACUCAAUAAACAAUAAACUGCGUCCUUCCACGGGUACACAUGCAGGCUCCUGUGCUAAUUACAGUCACGCCUGUAAUAAAGUUAAUUUGGGAACGUGGAGGCGGCAGUGCAGGGGCUCAGUUUCUGUUUGGAGGAACAUCUUUCCGUUGUCAUUCCCAGGCACAAGGGCUCUCCGCUUCGACAGGUUCGCACUGGCAGCUGUAGCCCAUCGUCUAGCUGUGAAGGCUCACAGAUCUGUGAUGGUGGAGGGUAUAGCCCAUCCCCUUGUUGUGUAGGCUCACAGAUCUGUGAUGGUGGAGGGUGUAGCCCAUCCCCUUGUUGUGUAGGCUCACAGAUCUGUGAUGGUGGAGGGUAUAGCCCAUCCCCUUGUUGUGUUGGCUCACAGAUCUGUGAUGUUGGAGGGCAUAGCCCAUCCCCUUGUUGUGUAGGCUCACAGAUCUGUGAUGGUGGAGGGUGUAGCCCAUCCCCUUGUUGUGUUGGCUCACAGAUCUGUGAUGGUGGAGGGUAUAGCCCAUCCCCUUGUUGUGUAGGCUCACAGAUCUGUGAUGUUGGAGGGUAUAGCCCAUCCCCUUGUUGUGUUGGCUCUCAGAUCUGUGAUGGUGGAGGGUAUAGCCCAUCCCCUUGUUGUGUAGGCUCACAGAUCUGUGAUGGUGGAGGGUGUAGCCCAUCCCCUUGUUGUGUUGGCUCUCAGAUCUGUGAUGGUGGAGGGUGUAGCCCAUCCCCUUGUUGUGUUGGCUCACAGAUCUGUGAUGGUGGAGGGUAUAGCCCAUCCCCUUGUUGUGUAGGCUCACAGAUCUGUGAUGGUGGAGGGUGUAGCCCAUCCCCUUGUUGUGUAGGCUCACAGAUCUGUGAUGGUGGAGGGUGUAGCCCAUCCCCUUGUUGUGUCGGCUCACAGAUCCGUGAUGGUGGAGGGUGUAGCCCAUCCCCUUGUUUGGCAUCUGUUUCUUGUUCCCCCUAUGAGAUCCAGGGUGGAUUAUCAGGCUGCCAGUGACUCCAACACAGCAGACUAAACACAGUCUCCCACAACCCCUCAAAUGUAUGCCCCCUCAGUGCUGGAAGGCAUGAGCGCAGACGAUGGGUUGAGCCUUCCUCACGAGUGCGCUGAGUGCCGAAGGGGAUUCCUCACAAACCCGCUGAUAACCUGGAGCAGAUCCACCCCCCACAGGGUGUCUCCCACCCUCCCCGCUGUGAGCAAGCCUCCGGAGAGUUCUCUCUGGAACGGCCUGCGUGUUCAGGCACGGAUGGGUUCCAGCGAGACGGCAGGUGGGGGUGGAAGUGGGAGUGGGGCUUUUUUUUUUGGGGUGGGUUGGUCUGUGUUCGUGUCCAGAGAAGGACUGCAGGCCCUGUUUUUUUUUACGGGGCUGUAAUUUGCGUAAACGGUGUGGGACACGCCCAUUUCCUGCAUGGCCAGAUCCGCCUGGAGCUCCCGCGCUCUCUCUCUCGUCUAAUUAUUAUUAUUGUUUUUUCCCCUCAUUGCCUUUGCUCCCAAAUUAAGAACUGCACACUAUUCUGACUCUUUAAGAGCUAAAGAAAGGAAAAUGCACAGUGUGACAGAACCACGAAAGCUUUUCAUGUUUCUUAUAAUGGCAACGCUGAACCAUCACAGCUUAACGGUGAGCGAGCUUAUCUUCCGUGUGACUGGCAGGGGUCUGUCAUCGCGCCCUCGAAACAGGAACCGAAGGAACCCAGCUGAACCCCUGAUCUCCUCAGUGUUGGUGCGCUUCAGUAUGUACAGAGUGCUCCUUUGAGUCUGUGGGAUAAGGCACUUUAUUUUGGGAGAUGCGUUUGUUUACCGUUCUCUCCGAAACCUUUUUGCACCCUUCCUUGCCGCAGAACGACAUGCCGCUGAUCACGCUAGCGGGAGCAGCCGACUGCGGAGCAGGUCAGGGCAGGGUUAUUUGAGAAGGGAUCAGCAGGGCCCCCCAACACAGCCCAGGUUAAGAACAUUGUGCUCUGGUGCUAUAAGUUAGGAUCAGUGGAGAAAAUGAGAUUUAUACAGAGACAGUGUUCAGCUCAUUUCAACACUACCACGGAUUUCCCAGCAUCCUUAAGGAGCUGCGGACAGAACGUUCUGUAUUUUCAUCCGUUCAAGUUUGGGUUCCCUUGUAAUAAAAAAAGAAUGUUUUAACAGAAAAAAUGCACAAGGUCAGGGGCGUGGCAUGCGGGGUCAUGUGACUCUGGUGACGCCCAUCCUGUCAUAGGUGAAUACAUUUCCUUUUAAAUCCGUACAGUAAAAAAAUAAACCUAAGUAAAUGAACCAAUGAUGUUGUAAAUCGUGUAAAACAAGACAAAAAAAGAAGAAACUGAAAAAGCAGUGAGCCUCGUUUUGUGUGUCUGUGGUCCAUAUUGAGUGUUCCGUUGUCUCGAUCCCGUUUCGCGUUCUCUCGUGGAUCUCGCCCCUUCCCCGGCGAGGCCAGCGUAUCGAGUCCGUCUGUCUGGGGUCGAUGGCGAACGCUCACUUCUUGUGCAUUUCAUUUGGGGUUUGUUUAAAAAAAAAAGUUUGGAGUUAAUAAAAACUGAAAUGUGUUGACAGCACAAUUAUCCCAGACAGUCAUGUUUUAAAGUAUACAUAUGCAUAUACAUAAAUAUAUAUUUAUAUAUGAGUACAUAGGUGGCUAGAUAUAGUUAAAUAUAAUGUUUUGCACAGAAUGUCCAAGGGGUAGGAAGAGAUCCCUCUGAACAAAAUGGCUACCCCCCCCCCCCGUGUCUUUAAAGAAACGAAAGAUUAAAACAAUAAUAGAUGUCCGAAAACCUUUUUUCGUGUCAAAACAAGGUGUAAACACAAAGAUCCUGAAACCGUUACCAUGUGGUUGAAAAAGUACUGUCCUUGGUAUAUCUCUGUUUUUGAUUUCUAUACCUUUAAUUUGGUUUUGUUUUUGGUUUUUUUGUUCUGCAGCCUGUUGAUAAUGUGUGUGUGACUCUGAGAUUGCGAUGUUGAAACUACAGUGUGUUUUUUUAUCUGCAAACGUGUGUGUCUGUCCUGGGAGGGCUCCUGCCUUCACUGUGUUCCUUUAGGGGUUAACGAUGCCAAGACCUAUGCUUAGACUGUGAUGCCAUUCUACGAGGGUUGCUGGUCAAUAUGCAUACAUUCACAUGUAUAUAAGCCUUUAAAAAAAAGUCCAUUUGGUCUUACUUGCUGUCAUGCUGUAAAAAAAAACAGAUGAGUAUAUAUUAAUUAUUCAUUUUUCUCAUAUUCAUUGGCAACAUCAGCAGCAUUUAUCUUAAAAAGGUGUAUGAAAUAGUUUUUCGAAUCUGACAUUUACUCUAUCUUUACAUUUGUUACAUACAACCUGAAUUGUUAAGUUAGAAAUAACGGUAUUGCGUUUUAGUUACCAUCUAACCAUAAAACUGCCUAAAAAAAGUGUGGUUAAGGUAUGAAAUUCUGCAGUGCCAAGAAACUCUGUGCUGAAAUGUGCCACAAGUUUUCACCUGCCUUUUUAAUCAACAACCAAAGUUUAGAAAAUGCUCUUCAACCUUCCCGCUCUCACAGGAGUGUUCCAUACAGAGAACGCGGUUGUGAGAACGGAUCUCUGACUCCUAGCCGCACGCAGUCCGUCGCCCUCUCCAUUCACCUGAAUCGGUCGCAGUCACCUGGGUGAAUGUUCAGUCCCAUCGCUGUAAUAAGACAACACUUAAAAAUAAAAUAAAAAUGUAAAAAAAAAAAAUGUAAAAAAAACCGUGCUGGAAGAUGGCGACACUUUUGAUCAGGUCCUGUAAAAGGACGCACGCGGAAGACCUGGGACAUACUGACUGUUAAUAGAGUAUCGCAGAACACGUUAGGACCUAAUCUCUGUUAAUACUUGUAUGUGCGUGUUUGCCGUUAUCAGUGAGUAUCCCGUCCACGUGUAGAUAAGGUCUGCGCAGCCCUCGUGAGCGCUCGUGGGACAGCCUGCCGUGAGCGUUCGCACGUGUGCAGUGCGCCUCGGCCCAAAGCGGGGCCUGAGCAGGAGUGAGGCGGAGGGCUCUCUCUGGGGACCCGACCCUGGCUCAGUUUAGAGACUCAGAGAACAUCCAGCACACACGUCCCACAGGACACAGUGUGCUGUGUGUGAAUGGGGGGAGGGACGCUGUGGAUAAUGCCCCCUUUGCCCCCCCCCCCAACCCCACCCCCGCCGGUAAUGACAGGGUCCGCCCCCCCCACCCCACCCCCCCGUCCCAGAGAGAGGAGUGUCACAUCCCUCCAUCCCCUCUCCCCGCCUCCCUCACCCCUUCAUCUUUGCCUUCCUGUCGUUUUUUUCCAGCAGCCCUGCCUUCUUGAUUUGUACGGGUCCAUCCUUUUUAAGAGUCGACUUUUUUAUACAGCAUUCAGGAGCACAGUGCUGGUUGGGAGGCCUCCCCUUUUAUUUAAAUAGAAAAAGAAGAAAAAAAAAAACUAAACUUCAGAACUUCAACUCUUUUUGUUCUUUAUUGUUUUUUUUGGGUUUUUUUUUCUUUCAAUAAAAAAAGUACUGCCUUUAUCCAUCUGUGUGAAGACGCUGGAGAUUUCUUUAAAAAAAAAACCAGAAAGAAAAAAGACGUAUUGUAUUCAUGUUUUGCCUUUGUAUAUAUAUAAACACUACAUUAUCAGCC